AUGCAGUUAAAUUCUUGCCGUGGGUGCUUUGGGGGUAUUUGGAAGAAUAGAAAUGCUAUUCUCUAUGCUGCAACGCAGGAGACAACUUCGAAUAUUAUGCAACGAGCAGAGGAGGAAACUCAUAUAUGGCAUGAAGUUAACAAGAAACCUGGAGGCGAUGAUGUCAGGAGGAAAAACAGAGGACAAAAAGACAGAUGGUCUCCACCUCUACCGGAGUUUGUGAAGUGCAACGUCCACGCUAACUGGAGGAAUUCUUCUCUUCACAGUGGGGUUGCUUGGAUUGCAAGAGAUAGUAAUGGUCAGGUGAAGUUCCAUUCGCGUGAAGCUCUGACGAAAUCGGGAAGCAGAUUGGUUGCAGAACUACGAUGCAUCAUAUGGGUUCUACAGAGUGUGCGUGAUCUUCGAAGAGGAACGAGUGGAAGCUAA